AUGUCCUCCCCUCCUCCAUCCCAGACUCUUGUCGAGUCAACCGUCUCGCUCCUCGGCACUGCCGCCUCGUGGAUGCGACUACCGGCCAUUGCCUCGACUGGCGUUGCUGCUGUUCUCACAUCCCUCCUCUACUUCAAGCAAAAAGCCCUGAUUUACCCGUCGCAUAUGCCCCCAAAUGCUCGAACCGACGUCCCGAACCCUUCGCAAUUCGGCAUCCAGGAUUUUGAAGAGUUGGUCAUACCGACGGGCGAUGGGGAGAAGUUAUCAGCUUUCUACAUUCGAGGCCCAAGGUCGGGGCGAAACUCCAACGUCACCGUCUUGAUGUUCCACGGGAAUGCUGGCAAUAUUGGACACCGGGUGCCCAUCGCUCGCAUGCUCAUCAACCUCACGGGCUGCAAUGUCUUCAUGCUCGAAUACCGAGGCUACGGCCUGUCCACCGGCGAGCCUGGCGAAUCGGGCAUCUGCCACGAUGCGCAGACUGCCCUCGAUUACCUCCGCGAGAGGGCAGAGACCAGCGACCACAAGCUGAUCGUCUAUGGGCAGAGCCUGGGUGGAGCCGUCAGCAUCAAACUCGUUGCGGAGAACCAGAAACACGUCGUUGGCUUGAUUCUGGAGAAUACUUUUCUCUCCAUGCGGAAGCUGAUUCCCUCCGUCCUUCCGCCAGCAAAGUAUCUCUCCCUGCUGUGCCACCAGGUCUGGCCGAGCGAUUCCAUCAUACCACAAAUCACAAAGGUGCCCAUCCUGUUCCUUUCUGGCCUGCAGGAUGAGAUCGUACCUCCAAAUCACAUGCGCCGCCUCUACGAGCUAUCGCAAGCACCCAACAAGAUCUUCAAGCCGCUCCCCAACGGCGACCACAACUCGAGCGUACUCGAGGACGGCUACUUUGAGUCUAUUGCCGACUUUAUCGCGUCGGUCACGCAGGAGUACCCCUCCACACCACCCGAGAAGAAGCAGAAGUAG